UGAGCAGGGACGGAGCUGACAGCCGCCGCCGCCCACCCUCCUCGCCGGGCUUCGUCCUGCGCGCCCUCGGGCUGUCUCCCACCCCUGGCCCCUGCCCCGCGUCCCGCCUCUGCAGCAGGUAACCCGCUGAAGGCCCGGAUCCGGUUGCGGGCACCGGGAAACUUCCCUUCCCGAUUUCAACACUAAACUUGCACAAUGUCUUUGAAACCAAGAGUAGUGGAUUUUGAUGAAACCUGGAACAAACUCCUCACGACAAUCAAAGCUGUGGUCAUGUUGGAGUACGUGGAGAGAGCAACAUGGAACGACCGCUUCUCAGAUAUCUAUGCUUUAUGUGUGGCCUAUCCUGAACCCCUUGGAGAAAGACUUUAUACAGAAACUAAGAUUUUUUUGGAAAAUCACGUACGGCAUUUGCACAAGAGAGUUCUGGAGUCUGAAGAGCAAGUACUUGUUAUGUAUCAUAGGUACUGGGAGGAAUACAGCAAGGGUGCAGACUAUAUGGACUGCUUGUAUAGGUAUCUCAACACCCAGUUUAUUAAAAAGAAUAAAUUGACAGAAGCUGACCUUCAGUAUGGUUAUGGUGGUGUAGAUAUGAAUGAACCACUUAUGGAAAUAGGAGAGCUAGCAUUGGAUAUGUGGAGGAAAUUGAUGGUUGAACCACUUCAGACCAUCCUCAUCCGAAUGCUGCUCCGAGAAAUCAAAAAUGAUCGUGGUGGAGAAGACCCAAACCAGAAAGUAAUCCAUGGGGUUAUUAACUCCUUUGUUCAUGUUGAACAGUAUAAGAAAAAAUUCCCCUUAAAGUUUUAUCAGGAAAUCUUUGAGUCUCCCUUCCUGACUGAAACAGGAGAGUAUUACAAACAGGAAGCUUCAAAUUUAUUACAAGAAUCAAAUUGCUCACAGUAUAUGGAAAAGGUUCUAGGUAGAUUAAAAGAUGAAGAAAUUCGAUGUCGAAAAUACUUACAUCCAAGUUCAUAUACUAAAGUAAUUCAUGAAUGUCAGCAACGAAUGGUAGCAGACCACUUACAGUUCUUACAUGCAGAAUGUCAUAAUAUCAUCCGACAAGAGAAAAAAAAUGACAUGGCAAAUAUGUAUGUCUUACUCCGUGCUGUGUCCACUGGUUUACCUCAUAUGAUUCAGGAGCUGCAAAAUCAUAUCCAUGAUGAGGGCCUUAGAGCAACCAGUAAUCUUACUCAGGAAAAUAUGCCAACACUAUUUGUGGAGUCAGUUCUGGAAGUACAUGGUAAAUUUGUUCAGCUUAUCAACACUGUUUUGAAUGGUGAUCAGCACUUUAUGAGUGCGUUGGAUAAGGCCCUUACAUCAGUUGUAAAUUACAGAGAACCCAAGUCUGUUUGCAAAGCACCUGAAUUGCUCGCUAAGUACUGUGACAACUUGCUGAAGAAAUCAGCCAAGGGGAUGACAGAGAAUGAAGUAGAGGACAAGCUCACGAGCUUUAUUACUGUCUUUAAAUAUAUCGACGAUAAGGAUGUUUUUCAAAAGUUCUACGCAAGAAUGCUGGCGAAACGUUUAAUUCAUGGGUUAUCCAUGUCUAUGGAUUCUGAAGAAGCCAUGAUCAAUAAAUUAAAGCAAGCCUGUGGUUAUGAAUUUACCAGCAAGCUACAUCGGAUGUACACAGAUAUGAGUGUCAGUGCGGAUCUGAACAAUAAGUUCAACAAUUUUAUCAAAAAUCAAGACACAGUAAUAGAUUUGGGAAUUAGUUUUCAAAUAUAUGUUCUACAGGCUGGUGCAUGGCCUCUUACUCAGGCUCCUUCAUCUACAUUUGCGAUUCCCCAGGAAUUGGAAAAAAGUGUACAGAUGUUUGAAUUAUUUUAUAGCCAGCAUUUCAGUGGAAGGAAACUUACAUGGUUACAUUAUCUUUGUACAGGUGAAGUUAAAAUGAACUAUUUGGGCAAACCAUACGUAGCUAUGGUCACAACCUACCAAAUGGCAGUUCUUCUUGCCUUUAACAACAGUGAAACCGUCAGCUAUAAAGAACUUCAAGACAGCACUCAGAUGAACGAGAAGGAACUGACAAAAACAAUCAAAUCAUUACUCGAUGUGAAAAUGAUUAACCAUGAUUCAGAAAAGGAAGACAUUGAUGCAGAAUCUUCAUUUUCAUUAAAUAUGAACUUUAGCAGUAAAAGAACAAAAUUUAAAAUUACUACAUCAAUGCAGAAAGACACACCACAGGAAAUGGAGCAGACGAGAAGUGCUGUAGAUGAAGAUCGGAAAAUGUACCUCCAAGCUGCUAUAGUUCGUAUCAUGAAAGCACGAAAAGUACUUCGGCAUAAUGCCCUUAUUCAGGAGGUGAUUAGCCAGUCAAGAGCUCGGUUUAACCCUAGUAUCAGCAUGAUUAAGAAGUGCAUUGAAGUUCUCAUAGACAAACAGUACAUCGAACGCAGCCAGGCGUCAGCAGAUGAGUACAGCUACGUAGCGUGACGCGCGCUCCCCCGGUGUGGAUGUGAGAAGGUCAUUGCCAUCGCCAUCCGGUGUGUCCUGUGGGAGAAAGCAGGCCUGUGCCUCCAUAAUUUGGCCAUUUGGCAGCCCCCGUUUCUCUGCUGUUUACAACAUCACCAGUGCCACGUCAUGAGCGUCAGAGAAAAUGCCUAGAGAUAUUUCAAGCUCAUGUCAUUAUGACAUUUCUUAAAACUUUAUUAAAAAAGAAUGAGUGCAGUAUUGCUGAAAUGUGGAAAUUUGGCUGGGUACCAUGCUUUUUCUCCCCUUCACGUUUGCAGUUGAUGUUUUUUUUUUUUUUAAUGUAUCUUAAAGGACAUAAGAUAAAAAACUUAAAUAUUGUAAUAUGACAGAUAACCUAAUAAUUGUAUCUACAUUAAAAUGACAAACAUGAUAUUGCUGCUUGUCAAAUAAAAAAAUAAAGAAAUAGAAUGCCUUUUUUAUGUGGAUGGAGUAUCACAAAAUAAUACAUAUAAAUGUGCGUGAGUUUUCAAAGCAGCUCAUGCAACUUUAGUUGCAUUUGUAUCUGAACAGUGUAAUUCACUUAUACUCCUAUUUAAAUCCUACAUGAAAAACGUCUAGAUUGUUGUUUUUGAAUGCAUAAAGAUGCAUUCAUCAUAAAGAAUGUUUUAUUUUUAUGGAUUAGAACUACAUUGGAUUUGAGCAUUUUGAAUAGUGAGGAUUUAAUUCCAUCAAGAGUUUCUGGUGGUGUCCUGCUGCAGCUCAGAACCAAAAGUGAGGGGAAUGUGUGUGACCUCACAUGUGGCUCAGAAAGAGCUGUCAUUCAAAGGUUGUCUUACUUUUGUUUCCACAGUGUGUCAGUUCUAAUGUAGACUAAUGCCCCGCCUCUGCUGCUUUCCCUUCUCCCUUCCUCUGGGUUGUAGGUGUCUUGUGUUCCCGGUGUAUUCCUCCCAUACUCCUGCCUGCCUGUUACCCUUCCACCCCCUACCACGUUCACACUAGAGUCACUCUCCGACGUCACAGGUGUUCUUAGCAGUGCAUAACGUAAACACCUUUCUUUUUUUUGGUUUUUUAAUCUGUGUGAUGCGUUACACCAGCUGCCACUUGCAUAGACAUGAAAGUCCACUAUUUUGUUUAUUAUAUAUAUCAACAGCACCAUUAGAAUGCUCUGGUCUGUUUUCAUAUUUAUUAUCUACCCUGCCCCCACCACAACACACACAUACAAUUUCUUUUAAGCUGAGAUAUUUUAAAGCAUAUCCUACAUGAAUCAUUUCACUUACAAUACUUCAGUUUAUAUCUCUAACAGAAAAGGCCUUUAAAAAAAAACCACAACCACAGUUACUUUACUACACUUAACAAAUAAACAGUAACUUCAUAUCACUUAAUAUAGGGUCCAUAUUCAAACUUCUCUUAUUGUUGCAAAAAUGGCUUUUCAGUUGGUUCGUUUGAUGGCACUUCUAACUCAUGUCUCUUAAGUGUUUAAAAAAUCUACUGAGCUUUUAAUGACUUCUAUACUGUAUUUCUCAUUUUCCCUUUUUUCCCCCAGAGAGAAAAUAACGGCAAACCAUGUAAUACUGUACGUCCACUGUCAAAAAAACAAACCUUUGUUUUUAUAACUUGAUAAAGUUUUCCAAAUUGA